AUGAAUCGCUUUUUGACCAGGAAGAAGAAAGAUGGGAGAAAAGGACAAGGCCAGGCGCAGCCUGAGCUUGACCUAACUUCGGCGCUCCCAUCGAAGGACGACUUCCGGACUAGCCUGAUUAUGCCCAACCUGUCGGCUCGUUUUAGCAUGCUCCGGGAGCAGGACGAUCCAACCUCAAAGUUAGGCAAGGCUAGCGACGACAGCGUACUACAGCCGAGGAGACAGUCGAGACUCGUGGAAUUCGGAUAUGCGCCCACAGGACUCUCCGAUAUUGCGGAGGAUUCGUCAACCAAGGGCUCUGUCAGGCCACCAUUUGCUUCUGCACGACAAGGUUCUCUCGAUAGCUACGGGACGGAUGAGGAUGCUGCGGCAGGCGGGAGCAUAAUGAACAGGGCAAGGCCAGGAGAAACCAACGUCCUAUUCGGAGGGCGGCAGAAGAUAUACAAAAUUCCAGUGGGCGCAUCGCCACCGACGAAUAUCCUUGGAAACGUUUCGACACGGGCAAUGGGCGGCAGAGCUCUCUACGAGGACGAUGUGAGCGUUUCUGCAUUUCAACAGCUCAAGCGCGAGGAGCGCGAAGCAGCAGAAGCAGCAAGAAAUCUACAGGCCCGGAGCGAGACCAAAGACCAGGAACUCGAGGGUUCAAAGGAAGAUAAUCCGUCACAUGCGUCUUCACUGUCAGAAUGUCAUCAAAAGCGGCAGACAUCAUCGUCAACAACAUCCGGACAGUCACUCGCUCGCUCUUCCUCGACCGCUGCAACAUCAAUCGCUUCUCAAGAAGCCACUACAGUACCCGCGCCUUAUUCUUCCGUUCCAUCGGAUCCAGCGACGGCUGCAUUAGAUCGGUCCAACACCAAAGCAAGGAGACUCUACGAACACGGACUCGAUCGCGACAUGCAUGAUCAACAGCACUCGGCUUUGAACCGAUUAAACUCCAUCCAAGGCCAGCGCACAAUGAACCGCAAGCCGAUCCCACCGCACCUUGGUCAAGUCAAGAGCACUUCGAAUCUUCAAGAUCGCUUCAACCGGCAGCCCACUGCUUUCAGAGCUGGUAGCCCACCGCCUUCUGCGCCGCUCAGCAACAUCGCCACGUUCGGGAUUGCGAAAGAAUCCCACUCUUCCAGCUCAAGCCCUUCGCAAAGUUAUCCUACGUCUCCGCCGUUGAGCCCAUUGGGUCCUGCACCGGAGGCAGACACCCUAUCAGCUGCUAUCGAUCCCAACGAUCGAGGUAAAGCUACAGCCAUGGGCGCCUUCAACAAGCCGCAGGCCAAGUUUGAUGAGCAACAGUACCUACAGCGGCAACUACAGAUGCAACAAGGUAGGGACACACCGCCGCCGCUCAGAAAAUUGUCGCCGCGCAGAAAAUCACCGCCACCCAGAAAGUCACCGCCACGUGGGAAGUCACCGGCGCGACCCGUGCAAGAGAUACGGGCAGACUUCGAACGGCGGCGCGCAGAAGCCAACGCUGUUGGCCGGUCGCGGACACCCUCGCUGAGCCAGAAGCCAGCGCCCACCGCUUUCUCCGUGUUUCACAAUGCGAUGAGCCAACUGAAGACAGCAACACUGAACGGCUCAAACGAAAAACAAGAACAGGAUUCACCUGGCCCCCGACAGACUUUCUUCGCUUCCGGUGCUGAAAGUGAUAGCGAGGAGGAGAAUGACCAACCUGCGCCAGAAGCAUGGCCACUUGUGGGAGGCACCUCGCCAAACUAUUCACCCGACGUGGUCGCGCCAUCCGAUCCUGUUCCGCCACCCGUGGCAGAUCACCCAGCGUUCCGGUCUCAGGAAUCAGAGAGUCAAGUGAACAGCAUGCCCAAAGUCGACGUGCUGUACCCGGAGCAAGACAGCGAACAAGCCGGUCGUAAACCAUCCAUCGUAAAAUCUGAUGCGACAGAUGUAGAUUCUCCAACCCUCGGACCUACCAAUGGUGGGCUCAGUGGCUUAGUUCGUCAACAUCUUCGAAACACGAGCAACCAGUCAUCGCUCUACAACGUCCUACCUGCCCCCCUCACAGCCGCUGACCCUAAUGUCCUACAGCCACGUGACACCAACACUAGGCUACGGGGUCCAGUCGACUCCGAAACGGACACUGAGGCACACUCCACCUACAGUCGUUCCAAUCCCUUUGACUUGGAAGAUCUUGACGGCUCGUACGGAGAAGCUGAGAGUUUCAGUUCCGCAAGUCCAGUCGACAGCGCUAAAGAAAAGAAACGACCGCUCAAUGUUCAAUCGAAAGGCGCUGGUUCCGAGCAGCAAGCGACUAGCACGACAUCAUGGGAGCAGGAGUUGCGCAAGACACACAACAGAGAUGGCAGCACGGAGACCCAGCAAGAACGCGAGGCUUUCGCCCAUGAACUCGCCAUGAGGCAAAAGGCUAUCCAGGAAAGCUUGCGCAACAAAGUGGACAACGAGGUCCGAUCGGAGAGUCCGGCUCCCGGCGUGUCAAGUACUCUGAAGGCAUGGGGCGGAUUACUGAAAACUAAGCCUAGUGGGGAUUUCGUAGCGGCCCGACAAACAGAGACGCCAGCGAAGGCGCUCAAGAUGCUCGGCCUAGGCUCAGCUUCGACUAACACCAGCAGCGUUUCUUUAGUGGGAUUGACCGGGAGGUCCAACAGCAAUGAGGACCCGCGCCUAGAUGAGGAGCGCAACGUUCAAGACCCGUCUAAGGGGCCAUUGGCACGUUUCAGAACUCGAAGAGUGCCACAGCAGAGUGAGCAGGACGCCCAGAGAGAGCUCGAACAGCAAGCACAACGUGGCUGCAGCACCGAGCGCAGUAGCAACCCGAACGGUGGUUCAACACCAGCUUCAAGUCAGGGAUCGCUGCGAAACCGAUCCAGCUCAGAGGUUUCUUCUGGGCGCUCAAGAAGUCGUACUGGACGCUAUCGGGACGACUUGGAGAAAGCCAUGGUAGAAGGCACCGGAUCGAAGUCGGGCUCUCAUCCAGAUAUCUCGCCUGUUCUGCCCUCCGCCUACGCCAGCUCCCCUCGUAUGUCUCACGAAGCCGCGAUCCAGCAUCAGCACCCUGGGUUCUCCCAGCGGUCUCGCGCGAGGAGUACUAGCCGACCGCCUGCUCCUAGUUACUUCGAUCCGAAAUCGCUGCAUCCAGGUCACUCGGCUCUUUACAGCCCACUUGUUGGUUCGUCAGCCACACCUUCCCCUGGUGUCUCGCCUCGUCCGUCACCUGGACUUUAUAGUUCCAAUGCUACUUCCAUCCGACCGUCACCGAUUCCCUCACCUUACUCCGUCAAUAUCACGCCGCCGAUAUCUGCAGCGUCUACACCCACAGCAUCAAAUUUCAACGCCGCCACCAUCAUUCCUUCUCACCGAGUACCUACUGCUCGAAAACGUUCCAUCCAGAAGUCCGCCAUCUCUGAACCAUGCUUCAUUUCCUCCACCUCCGUAGUCGACACCGUCGACCUUCCGCCCGGUGCGUCACUCAAGAACGGCCAGGAUGACUCACCACCAGUCCCGCCCAUCAACCCUCGCCGGCGGCGCUUCGGUUUCGGACGCUCACACGCAGAGCCGCAGGAUAUCUCACCGCCGCGAGUAAGCAUGGGAGCAGCACGCGCGUUCUCCUCAGACGCAGAGGAUGGCAAGUUCAACCCAAAGCCGAAACUCAGGAAGUCUUCAAGCGAGGGGAGGAAUCUAAGGCAACAGGACGUCUUCGCUCCAAGCGCCCCCAUGCCACCGCGGCCGGCCGUUGCUGAUGGUGCUAUGUUCUGA